AUAAGCUCAGGAAAGUUAAAAUAUUCUUAGGUCACCCUGUCAGUGAAGGUUGAAGCCACUAAAGUGCUAAGUCGUGUUUCAUGAAGUGGCUCAUCAUGUAUAACAUCGUCUUACUUUACUCCCUGGUAUCAAUGAUUUCUGGGUAUGCUGUGGACAAAUACACUAAUGACGAAAAUAAACCCGACGCUCAUCUGAUCGUCAUUUCUGCACCAACAUCGCAGGACGAUUAUUAUCAAAGUAAGUACGACGACAUAAUAAAUUUUGACAUCAAAUAUGCAAACAGCGUUAUUGGCAAAGAUAAUAUCGUUGUUCUUGGAGACAGUAAAGCUAUCGAUAGAUUUAAGCCCCAUCUUCCUGAUGAUAUCUUGUUUGAGAAAGGCAUGUGGGACAUUUGGAUGAGAGAUCCAACAACCGUGAAUCCUUACAACCCAGUCCAGUUUCGCUUGACCCCUGCUUCCUAUGAGAACGAUCAAACUUUGGCUGACAAUGUUCAAAAUUUUUUCACAAAAUGUUUCAAAUCUUUGGGAGUAACGUUUGAUGAGACACCUAAGGACGAGAGUCUCUUUAUGGACGGUGGUAACGUAGUUGACAACUAUGCAGACAAAAUUGUUGUUACUGAGCGAUUUAUGCAAGACAACAAACUAACGAAGGACGAGGCCAAAGAAAAGUUAAAAAGAUUUUACCAAGGAGUUGAUAAAGUAGCUAUUGUACCAGUAGAUGAUCCGGAUGGCUUAGCUCAUUCCGAUGGCAUGGUCAUGUUUAUCAGUGAAAACGUUGCUCUGGUUACUAAUUAUGCUUAUAAUAGUACUUUGAGAAAUCUGACAUUGGCUGAACUGAAAACCGCAUUUCCUGGUAUCGAAUUAAUUGAAGAUGCUGACACUUGGACUCCCAAAGACACGUCAAAAUGUGUCGGUGGGAAUGCAGCGUGCGACAAAACCAUACCUUCUGCAUGUGGGCUAAUGGUCAACGGAGUACUGACAAAUAAAUAUCUCUAUAUUCCUACAUUUAAAAAACCCACAGACCAGUCGAUGCUAAACACCAUACAAAGUAAAACAAACCAAACUGUUGUACCAAUUGAAGCUUUAGGAGUUUGUGAGAUGGGAGGUAACGUUCGAUGCUUGUCUUGGCAACUGACAGGAGAAAAUGCUAAAAGGGUUAUCCAAGCUGCAAGAAAUAAGGUUUUUACUCAGUACUGCUGAGGCUAACGUUUUUAUGUAUCCACAUCUUUUCGCUAUUACAUGUUUUAUUACUUUCUCUUUGCCGGAUGAAUAUAACUGGGAACAUGGUAUCUAAUUUUAAGAGUAAUAUUAUUAAUUUUGCAAAACGAAAAUUGUUAAGCCAUUUUAGUACAAAUUUUAUAUGAAUUUAUUAUAAGAUAGUUAAAUUAGUUUAUUUCAAAUGUAUGAAUUAAACAUUGUACUCAGACCUAAAAAUACUUUUUAUCGCUGUAACAUUGAACAAUAUGAGUGAUUGCAUAGUAGUCCUAGCGAGAGCUAAGCCUACUCAAGAUUGCACUUCCUUACGGAGGCAUAUUUUCGUGGCUUAUCUAUAAAGUAAUUUCCUUCAGCUCAUGUAACUACAUGAUUUAUUC